AUGACCGAGGAGAGGAGCCUGAGUCCUUGUUUGGAAGGAGGGCUUGCCCGCCGGUGGGCGAGUGCACCUUAUUCUGCACCCCUGCGCCCGCCUCGGGAACUGCACGCGGCGCCCCCACCCGCGACUCCCACGCAGACGGUAGUGCGGCCUGCAGGGUUCCCCCGGCGGACGCGGCUGAUGGUUCGCUCCGCCCCGCCCACACACAGGCCGCCCACUGGCUCCUGUGAGGUUUCAGGACUCGGGAGGAAGGGGCUUGGCCUUCGCCCUAAGACUUAAGGGUCUGGGGCGUUGUCUUCAAUUCUGUCCCCCGCACUCAGACCCAGACUGGGUAUCAGCCUCCGCCCUCAGACUUUUCCCUAG